CAGGUGAAUUAGUCGAAUUUGCAUAAGGUACUAGGGGUAUUGCUCUGAAUUUGGAAUCCAAAAAUGUUGGGAUUGUAUUAAUGGGCGAUGGGUUGAUGAUACAAGAGGGAAGUUUUGUAAAAGCAACAGGAAGAAUUGCUCAGAUACCCGUGAGUGAGGCUUACUUGGGUCGUGUUGUAAAUGCUCUAGCUAAACCUAUUGAUGGGAAAGGCGAAAUUAUAGCUUCCGAAUCUCGCUUAAUUGAAUCUCCUGCUCCAAGUAUAAUUUCCAGGCGUUCCGUAUAUGAACCUCUUCAAACAGGGCUUAUUGCUAUCGAUUCGAUGAUCCCUAUAGGGCGCGGUCAGCGAGAGUUAAUUAUUGGGGACAGACAGACUGGCAAAACAGCAGUAGCCACAGAUACAAUUCUCAAUCAAAAAGGGCAAGGUGUAAUAUGUGUUUAUGUAGCUAUCGGUCAAAGAGCAUCCUCUGUAGCUCAAGUAGUAACUACUUUCCAUGAGGAGGGGGCCAUGGAAUACACUAUUGUAGUAGCUGAAAUGGCGGAUUCACCUGCUACAUUACAAUACCUCGCUCCUUAUACGGGAGCAGCCCUGGCUGAGUAUUUUAUGUACCGCGAACGGCAUACUUUAAUAAUUUAUGAUGAUCUCUCCAAACAGGCACAAGCUUAUCGCCAAAUGUCCCUUCUAUUAAGAAGACCUCCCGGACGUGAGGGCUUAUCCAGGGGAUGUUUUUUAUUUGCAUUCACGCCUUUUAGAAAGAGCCGCUAAAUUAAAUUCUCUUUUAGGCGAAGGAAGUAUGACCGCUUUACCAAUAGUUGAGACUCAAUCUGGAGACGUUUCCGCCUAUAUUCCUACUAAUGUAAUCUCCAUUACAGAUGGACAAAUAUUCUUAUCUGCGGAUCUAUUCAAUGCCGGAAUUCGACCCGCUAUUAAUGUGGGUAUUUCUGUUUCCAGAGUAGGAUCCGCGGCUCAAAUUAAAGCCAUGAAACAAGUAGCUGGCAAAUCAAAAUUGGAACUAGCGCAAUUCGCAGAGUUACAAGCCUUUGCACAAUUCGCCUCUGCUCUCGAUAAAACAAGUCAGAAUCAAUUGGCAAGGGGUCGACGAUUAAGGGAAUUGCUUAAACAAUCCCAGGCAAAUCCUCUCCCAGUGGAAGAGCAGAUA